AUGUGCGAUGCUGAUGUCUGUGUCGGCAUACGCCUUCGGGAAUCCGGCGAAGUUUUCAUCUUAUCAGCGGAUUCUUCGGGAUUCUGGGCUUUUCUUGGCUCGCAAUUGAACUCCUACUAUCCAGCCCCAAAACUAGUGACUGAUCGGGAUCUGAAGUUUGUUGAUAAAGACACACCGGAAUAA